AUGAACCGAACAACAGUCUUGGAAGAGGAUGAUAACUUGUUUGAUAAACAUGUAGUUGAUGAAGAAAAUGAAGAAUACAAUGAAGAACUUGGUGAGGUUGACAGUGAAGACUACGAUACCGACGAACUUGUAAGUUUUGAUGAAGAAUCUGAUGAGGAUGAAGUUGUGAAAAACCGUAGCCGCAUAAGAAAAGCUCCUAGGUUUAAGCAGUUUAGAAGAGAAUCUGAUUUGCUAAAGCCAACAUUUCAUUUGGGAAUGGAAUUUACGAACAUGGAGCAAUGUAGGGAAGCAAUAAGGUAUUAUGCAGUUUCAUGUGUAAGGCCAUUGAAGUGGGUGAGGAAUGAUUCGUAUAGGGUGAGGCUCAAAUGUGAAGGAGAUAAUAAACAAAAGGUUCCAUGUCCAUGGAUGCUAUAUGCUUCUCAUGUGGGGAAAGGUCCAACUACAAGGAUUAAGACAUAUGUUCCAAGGCAUACAUGUGGAAGGAGGCAAAGAACCAAGUAUGCCACUUCAUCAUGGUUGUCUGAGAGGUUUGAUGAGGAGUUAAGAGAUAAUCCCAAUAUGAAAGUGACAGAUUUCAUGAAGUUAAUAAGGAAACAAUAUGCCAUAGAUGUAACUGAGGCUCAAGUUUAUAAAGCCAAGAGUUUUGCAAAACUCAGAAUUCAAGGUAGUAUUCAAGAGCAAUAUGGUAAGUUGUGGGAUUAUUGUGAGGAGUUAAAGAGCAAUAACCCUGGAAGUACAGUCAUUGUGAAGACUGAUUUGCAGGUUGGGGUUGAUGGAAAUAAUGGGAUGUAUCCAAUUGCUUUUGCUGUUGUUGAAGUUGAAAACACAGAGACUUGGAGUUGGUUCUUUGACAUAUUCUUUCAAGAUGUAGGUAUUCAAAAUGGCAAUGGGUGGGUUUUCAUUACUGAUAAGCAAAAGGGUUUAGGGAAUGCCAUUCAUGCUUUGAUGCCCAAUGCUGAGCACAGGCAUUGUGUGAGGCACUUGCACAAUAAUUUCAAGCUUGCAGGCCAUACUGGUAAUGCUUUGAAGCAGAGGUUGUGGGCAGCAUCUAGGGCAACAAUAAUACCUGUAUUUGAAGCUGAAAUGGAGCAGAUGUUGGGUCAAUUUGAGGCAGCUUAUAAGUGGCUUGAGGAGAGACCAACUGCUCAUUGGAGUAGAUCACACUUUAGUACCAAAGUGUGA